AUGGGCGCAAAGACAAGCGUCAAUUCGAACCAUCUUCCUCCCCCGGCGGAGGAUGAGCAGCCUCUGUCCCUUCAGGUAGACUGGACCCCAGAGGAGGAGAUCAGGGCCAAGCGGAAAAUGGAUCUAAUCUUGAUGCCUCUUCUCUCACUGGGCUUUUUCUGUCUGCAGCUCGACCGUGGCAACAUUGCCAAUGCCAUCACAGAUCACUUCAUGGAAGAUGUCGGCAUCACACAGAACCAGUUCAACGUCGGCCAGCAGCUGCUGUCUCUCGGUAUCGUCUUGACUGAGAUCCCGGCCAACAUGAUUCUGUAUCGUGUCGGCCCCGGCAAGUGGCUCACUCUCCAGCUCUUCCUCUUCGGCACAGUCAGCACCUUUCAGGCCUUUCAAAAGGGUCUUGGUGCCUAUUUGACUACACGUUUUCUACUUGGUAUUACCGAGUCUGGCUUCAUCCCCGGUGGCUUGUGGACGCUGUCUACCUGGUACACCCGUGAAGAGUCCGCCAAGCGUGUCAUUAUCUUCUACUUCGGCAACCAGCUGGGUCAGGCUUCGUCCAAGCUGAUUGCCUAUGGUAUCCUUCACAUGCGUGGGGUCGCAGGCAAGCCUGGUUGGUUCUGGCUGUUUGUGCUCAUGGGUGGCUUCACUAUCUUCACGGGCUUCCUCUACGGCUUCUUCUUCCCUGACUCAUUCAAGAAUCCUCAUAGCACCUUCCUGCCUCACGUCAAGAUCUUUAGUGAUCGGGAAGUUCACAUCCUGAGAACCCGUGUCUGGCUCGAUGACCCGGCGAAGGGUAAGAAGAAGAAGAAGAUCGACCGCGGCGCUUUUGGCAGGACUUUCCUGAACUGGCGUCUUUGGAUUCAUGGCUUCAUCUCGCUUUGCAAUAACGGUCCUCAACGUGCUUUCGAUACUUAUGGUCCUACCAUCGUCAGCAGCUUUGGCUUCCCCCGCCUCAAGUCCAAUGCCAUGGCCGCCGUUGGUCUUUACCUCCAGGUACCCAUGGGCUUCCUGUUUAGCUAUAUUUCUGACAGAUACAACAUGCGUGGUGAGACCGUCAUUGCGGGCUUCAUCUGCCACCUCGUCGGUUACGUUUUCAACCGCUCAUUUACCGCGCUCCCUCCGAGCUUGAAGGGUGUUCGGUACUUCGGUGUUAUCUGGACACAGACUUUCGGCACCUUCUCACAUCCACUCAAUAUCACUUGGAUGUCCCUUACCUGCACGGACUCAGAACAGAGAGCCCUAGCCAUGACAAUGGCCAUUAUGGGUGGCAAUAUCGCCGGUAUCUAUGGCGCGCAGAUAUUUCGCUCAGACGACAAGCCGUUAUACAUGCGUGGCUUUGCUGUCGCCUGUGCCAUCCUUUCCUUCGGCCUGGUCCUUGCCAUCAUCCGGUACAUUGAUGACCGGAUCCGCAAGAAGAAGUUGGGUGACAGCAUCCAGCCGGUCACUGAGAGUGGUGAGAACUCUGGCGGUGAUGAGAAGCUGGGCUCUGCUCGUUUUGAUGAAAAGAACCCCCAGGAGGUGCCUGGUGAUGGCAAGAAAAUGCAGAUUGCUAUUGAUCCCGUGCACUAA